AUUAUGAUAAAGUAAUAUCAAUACUCACCACUUUGGUAAAUUGUUCUUUUAGAAACUGGUAACUUAUACAUAAAAUUAUAAAACAUGUAAACGCCGUCGUCGGUAGUGCCAGUAUUAUUGGAUUUUAAUAUUCAUUGGGAGUGCAAUUCAUAUUUAUAUACAAGAAAAAAUUAUCACUACUAUCCAUACAAAUAAACAAUAACCGAGCACAACAAAUACCACUGAAGAACAAAUCAUUAUUGAUUACAACUCGCUAUUUAGAUUGCGAUAGAAUAUUCAAGCUUCGUCUCAUACAUCAAAAUGAUAAUAAAUAUUACCAGUGUAAUAUGUAUGCUCUUCAUUACCACCGUAACUCCAAUUAGUUGGUAUAUGCAACCAAACACACAAAAAUGUUUGCGUGAAGAACUUAGACAAAAUGUAUUGGUGAAAGGUGACUAUGAUGUUCGCCCUAUUGAAGGACAACAUAUGGAUUAUAUUGUCCGUGAUUCUAAAGGUCAUAUUUUAGCCAAUAAGCAAGAUAUAACAAAAGGAAAAUUUACAUUUAGCACAGAGAACUAUGAUAUGUUUGAAAUUUGUUUCACUUCACGUGUACCAGGUUAUCAAAGAGGUGUUUUACAUGAGGUUUUAUUAGACAUUAAAACUGGAGUAGAAGCUAAAGUAUAUGAAGGACUAGGGGAAGUUGCUAAAUUGAAGCCAUUGGAGUUAGAUCUGAAGAUGUUAGAAGAUUUGUCAUCAUCUAUUGUUAAUGACUUUUCAGACAUGAAACAACGUGUUGAAGACAUGAGAAAUACAAAUGAAUCAACUAGUAUAAGAUUACGAUGGUUUAGUGUAUUUAGUAUUUGCUGUUUAUUUGGACUGAGUGUCUGGCAAAUUCUAUAUUUAAGAAGAUACUUUAAGGCUAAAAAACUUAUUGAGUAAGCAUUUUUUAGAUGUCUGUUAUGUACUACCGUUUUAUUGAUUAUGAAGAAUAAAAACUGAUUAAUUUCACUAAAAUACAUUUUUUCACAGAAACGUUUUUAUAUUUUAUAAAAACAUUUCUUUAAAAUACAUUUUUUAAUUCCAUUUAUUCAAAAUAUUCAUGAAUUUGAAAGUUCUGACUGGAUGAUCAAAGUCUAGCUAAGUAAGCUAUGCAUUUAACUUAUACUCCAUUAAAUCUAGAUUAAAAAUUGUAUUUUGCGUAUUUUGAAUUUUUUUUAUAUUACCCAUACUUUUAAAAAUAUUACUGCUUAUUUUAAAGUAUUUUAGUUAUAUAGGUAAAUAUAUAGAUAAAAUUAUAUUAUAUUUUUAUAAAAUGUUUUGCGAAAAUAGUAAAACAUGUAUGUUUGACUGUCCAUUUUAUUAUCCAGUUAUUGGAAUUAUAAUAUGCGGUUUGCAAGCAAUGGCAUUACCUAAAAUGUUUUAUCUAAAUAAACACUAGCUGUUGUAUAAAUUAAAAA